GAUGAAUAAUAACAAAACAAGGAGAGUAGACCUCCAAUCCGUGUGCGGUGCUGUGUCUAUGCGUGACCUGUUCGGGAGAGAUGAUGACAGCACAGAGAUAAACUCGAUAAACUUGCAUGACUCCAGCUGCAUCGUCAGAGCUUCUGGGCAGACUUUAUAACAUUGCAUACAAAGAAAACAGGUCAGCUGAGGUUUAGGAAGAAGCGAGAAGGUGAUCGGCAUGGCUGCGGCAGAGGCGCACAGAGUCAUUAUUUACGGGGGAAAGGGUGCAUUGGGAUCUAAAUGCGUACAGUACUUCAAGUCGAAAAACUGGUGGGUUGCUUGUAUCGAUAUCACUGCGAACGAGGAGGCCAAUGCCAAUGUGACGGUUAAAAUGACGGAAUCUUUCACUGAACAAGCCAGCCAGGUAACAGCUGAUGUUGGGGAGCUCCUAGGUGAGCAGAAAGUGGAUGCCAUCUUGUGUGUCGCUGGUGGUUGGGCAGGGGGUAGCGCCAAGGCCAAAGUGCUGUAUAAAAAUGCUGACCUGAUGUGGAAACAGAGUGUUUGGACCUCAACCAUCUCUGGUCACCUAGCAACCAAACACCUGAAAGAGGGGGGGCUGGUCACAUUAGCUGGGGCUAAACCCGCGCUCAGUGGAACUCCAGGUAUGAUUGGGUAUGGUAUGGCAAAGGCAGCCGUGCAUCAGCUGUGUCAGAGUCUUGCAGGAGCCAAUAGCGGCCUUCCCUCAGGCGCUGCUGCUGUUGCCAUCCUGCCAGUUACUUUGGAUACACCGAUGAACAGGAAGUUCAUGCCUGAUGCGGAUGUUAGCACCUGGACUCCGUUGGAGUACGUAGCAGAAUUGUUCUAUAAAUGGACAACGGGAGAAGACAGACCAGUAUCUGGAAGUCUGGUGCAAUUAGUCACCGCUGACGGCAAAACCCAGGCUACACCACUGUGAAGACUUUGUGUCUUUGUGUGUGUGUUUGUGUGUGAGGGGAAGUCAGUAGGCCUGUGCAGCGCUUGUUAUUAUUAGCAGCGUAAAGUCUAAUUUCUUUGUUGGCAGCGAGAGGAGCAGGAUGUGGUUCAAGUCUGGUCCUAUGGUUUAAAGACACAUGUGUGUGUGACGAGUUACUGAGAGCUUAAGUAGAACCUUCUGCAGUUGUAGUCACAUAUAUGCAAGUGUAGAUGUCUCGUAAAUGUCACACUUUUAUUACAAACACGCACAAGGACAUACGGCAGACUGGCCAAGCUCUGUACCUGUGUUUUAAUGCUCUGGAAUAAAACUGAAUAUUUUGAUA